UAGUUUGUUUCACUCUUCACUCAGAAAAUGAAAUUUUAUUAUUUUAUCAACACGGCCAAAGAUUAGAAAUGAUAAAAGCAAUCUUGAUUUUUAAUAAUCACGGCAAACCAAGAUUAUCCAAGUUUUUUACUCAUUAUUCUGAAGAUGUGCAGCAACAAAUUAUCAGAGAAACUUUUCAUUUAUUGGCAAAGAGAGAUGACAGUUGUUGCAAUUUCUUGGAAACUGGAAGUUUGAUUGAUGGUACUGAUGUUAAAAUUGUCUAUCGGCAUUAUGCAACCUUAUAUUUUGUGUUUUGUGUUGAUUCAUCAGAAAGUGAACUUGGAAUCCUUGAUUUGAUCCAGGUUUUUGUUGAAACAUUGGAUAAAACAUUUGAAAAUGUUUGUGAACUUGAUUUAAUUUUUCAUGUUGACAAGGUUCAUUACAUUUUGUCUGAAAUAGUCAUGGGUGGGAUGGUUUUGGAAACAAACAUGUCAGAAAUUUUAACUCACAUUGAAGCUCAGAGCAAACUUGAAAAGUCAGAGGCUGGUAUAACUGCAGCUCCAGUAAGAGCUGUUGCAGCUGUGAAAAACUUUAGUCCUAGUGUUGCAAACCUAUCUAAUAUAAGUCUUCCAUCAUUGCCCAACAUCCCCACAUCAUUCAAAGAAUUGAAAACAGCUUUGCCAAAUUUUAAUAAGAAAUUUUAAGCUAUGGUUAUGGAGACAAUUUUGAUAAUAUUAAUCAAUGUUCCUCUGACUGACAGCUGUUUUGUAGUGUUUUCAUUUGAUGUUGAAAUUUUUGUGUGUUAAUUGUAAUCUUGUGUUUGGUGUGGUUUAUCACAUCAAUGAAAACCACAAUACUACAAAUGAAAACAA